ACUUGAAAGCUGUGUGCGGCAAUUACGCAGAAUCCCUUCUUUGCAAACCAGCGGUGGUCGAUUUUUUGGUUUUCAGAGCCUCUCUCUUUUUGCAAAUCUUCUUCCUAUUUCUACUUGGUUUCUUUCAUGGAUUCCACAAUUUGGAUGAGAAAUGACCAGAAAUCAUCAAAAGAACGCUUCUUCUACCAAGAAAUUAGUCUUUCUGAUCACUUGUGCCGCUCUUCUCGGUGCCGCUCUCAUUGCAGAUGUGCUGUGGACGUCGUCUUCCUCAUUGUCUUCCUCCUACUUUUCUAUUUCGUCAAAUUGGGCGAUCCGGAGACCCGAGGUUUUAGUUGUACCGGAUUCAUCCACUGACAAUGCUACACAGGUUGAUGAAAAGGAGAUUGAUUCUAGGAGAUUCUUACCUGGAACCUACUUUGAUUUACCUGCACCUGAUUUAGAAUGGGAGGAAAUGCCAUCAGCACCUGUGCCUCGUCUUGAUGGAGCAGCGAUUCAGAUUAAGAAUAUCUUUUACGUUUUUGCAGGAUAUGGAACCAUCGAUUAUGUGCAUUCUCACGUUGACAUGUUUAAUUUCACUGAUAAUACCUGGAUCGGCAAGUUUGACAUGCCAAAAGAGAUGGGACAUUCACAUUUAGGAGUGGCAACUGAUGGCAGAUACAUUUAUGUGAUAUCAGGACAAUAUGGACCCCAAUGCAGAGGGCCUACAGCCCGAACAUUUGUACUCGACACUGAAACGAAGAAAUGGAACAGCAUGCCCCCACUACCUGCUCCUAGAUAUGCUCCAGCAACGCAAUUAUGGAGAGGAAGACUCCAUGUGAUGGGUGGUAGCAAGGAGAAUCGCCACACACCUGGACUGGAACACUGGAGCAUUGCCGUAAAAGAUGGAAAAGUAUUGGAGGAUAAGUGGCGGACUGAAAUACCCAUACCCCGUGGAGGACCACACAGGGCUUGUGUUGUGGCCAAUGAUCGGCUUUUUGUGAUCGGUGGUCAAGAAGGCGACUUCAUGGCCAAACCUGGUUCGCCUAUUUUUAAGUGCUCCCGUAGGUUUGAGGUUGUUUAUGGUGAUGUUUACAUGCUGGAUGAUGAAAUGAAAUGGAAAACACUAACUCCAAUGCCAAAACCCGAUUCUCAUAUUGAGUGUGCUUGGGUUAUUGUCAAUAAUUCUCUAAUCAUCGCCGGGGGUACAACGGAAAAGCACCCGAUUACCAAACGGAUGAUCUUGGUCGGAGAGGUCUUCCGAUUUGAUUUGGAUACACUGACUUGGUCAGUGAUUGGAAAGCUCCCAUACCGCAUAAAAACGACGCUAGCUGGUUUUUGGGAUGGAUACUUGUACUUCACCUCAGGACAGCGAGACCGAGGACCCGAUAACCCACAGCCAAGGAAGGUCGUAGCUGAUAUGUGGAGAACGAAGUUAAAAAUUUAAGGGUAUGGUACUUGGUUGGUUUAAAUUUUGUAAUCAAUGUCUUCUACAGUUAGCUUUUUUGGCCUAGGUAAUUGUUAUUGGUUACAUGAUUUCGCAUGAAGGGGUAGUAUUUGAUCGAUCUGUGAUCAAAGAAUAUGAACACUGGCCUGUACAAUGACUUGAAUUAUAGCCUUUGUGGCUUCGAAUCUGUGAAUCAAAUGUCUUGAAUAUGUGCUCAUCUGUUAUUGUUA